GGAUCGUAAUGAAGACGACGGGCAGAUUGUAAGAGAGUUAGUUCCUACUGAUGAUGGCCAACGUUUGUUCACUGUUGGUUAUCACAUAGCGAUAAAGACGGGCAGUAUUAAUGGUGCCAGCUCCGAUUCGAAGGUGUUCGUAAAGCUGUACGGAGAGAAAGGAGACACCAACAAGAUGCUGCUGGUCGUCUCCGAUAACGACCUGGGGAACUAUUUUGAGACGGGACAGACGGACAUCUUCACCAUAGAGACCUUUGACAUCGGCAAGAUAAACAGGCUGCUGAUUGGCCACACUAACGAGGGCCUGCGAGCCGGUUGGUUCCUGGACAGCGUUCAGAUCUGGGUCCCGGUGCACGGCGUGCAGUACAUGUUCCCCAGUCACCGCUGGCUCUGCAAGGACGAGGCCGAUGGGAAGGUGGAGGUGGAAAUCUAUCCGAGUGAGACGCUGGAGAUAGAGAAGCUGAUCAAUUAUGAGGUUACCGUGGUGACCGGAGACGUGUGGGCCGGAGGGACGAACGCCAACGUCUUCCUGCAGAUUUACGGCGAGGAGGGAAAAACCGAACUGAUUCAGCUGAAGAGCCGGUCCAACAACUUUGAGAGAGGAACCACUGAGAUCUUUAGGAUCGAGGGCCUAGAUGUGGGACGGGUCUAUAAGAUCCGAAUCGGUCAUGACGGCUCUGGGAUAGGGGCUGGAUGGUUCCUGGAGAAAGUGGAUGUUAAACGGCUGGUCAUGGCCAUGGUGAAACCAGAGAAGAAAGAGGAAGACAAGAAAGACAAAAAGAAGAAAAAGAAGAAAAAGGAGGAAGAAGAGGAAUCCCCAGGAGAACUGAAGGAGGUUGUUCGAACUUUCAGCUUCCCGUGCGGCCGAUGGCUCGCUCGUGAUGAAGAGGACGGAGAGAUCCUCGUGGAGCUGCGUGCUGAGGACUACGAAGAUCUGGAGGAGAACUCAUAUGAGGUUCAUGUUUUCACCGGGGAUAUGAUGGGGGCCGGGACUGAUGCGAGUGUUUUCAUCGACGUCUACGGAGAAAUGGGCGACACAGGCGAGAGAAAACUACGCAAGUCAAACCACCUGAACAAGUUUGAGCGCGGACAGGAGGACGAGUUCACCAUCACCGCGAUGGAUCUGGGGCUCCUGAAGAAACUGAGGAUUCGGCACGAUAACAAGCAGGCUAAUGCUGCGUGGUAUCUGGACCGCGUCGAGAUCUUUGACACGAAGGAUGAAACCAUGUAUUUUUUCCCCUGUCAGCGCUGGCUGGCGGUGGAUGAAGACGACGGGCAGCUGGGCCGUGAGUUAGUGCCCGUAGACGAGGCUUUCAUGAAGAGAGACGAAGAUGAAGAAGAGGAGUCGUCGCCUGCUCAACUCGGACUAGAGCAAAAAGCCAUGUCCACCACGUUCACAAUGAGAGUAAAGACCGGGGAGAAGAAGAACGCCGGGACAGAUGCAAACGUUUACUCUAUUCUUUACGGGACCAAAGAUGACACCGGUAUCAUUAACCUGAAGGCGUCGAAGAACCACAGGAACAAGUUUGAGUUGGGACUGACUGACGAGUUCACCAUCGAAGCUGUGGACAUCGGAAAACUCAAGAGAAUCCGCAUCGGACACGACAACGCAGGUGCGUCUCCAGGCUGGUUUCUGGACUGGGUGGAGAUCGACGCUCCGUCUCUCGGUCAGUUGCUGCGCUUCCCGUGCGGCCGCUGGCUGGAUAAAGGAAAAGACGACGGCGCCAUCGUCAGAGACCUGUACCCUAAUGAGCUUCAGACAGUGCUCUACACUCCCUUCGUUCCCUACGAGAUUAAAAUCUUCACCAGCGAUGUGUUUGCUGCGGGAACGGACGCAGACGUCUUCAUCAUCCUGUACGGGCAGAACGGAGUGUGUUCGUCUCAGAAGUCUCUCUGCGUCAACAAGAGAGAGAGGAGGAUGUACUUUGAGCGAGGAGCGGAGGACAUGUUCAUCGUGGAGGGCUCCGAGACGGCGAUAUUCCCGUGUGAGGGAUGGCUGGCUCGCUCGGAGGAAGACGGCGAGACGAUUCGAGAGCUGGUGCCGUCUGACAUCAUCGUGGAGAAACUUUCCCGAGACGGGACCCUCAAAGUCAUCGAGACCGAGGUGGACGACGCGCUGGAGAUUCACACAUAUACGGUGACGGUGACCACGGGAGACGUGUAUGGAGCAGGAACCGAUGCUAACGUGUUCAUCACUCUUUACGGAGACAUGGGAGACACUGGAGAACGCAAACUCAGCAAGUCUGAGAACAGCAACAAGUUUGAGAGAGGAUCGGUGGACACCUUCACUCUGGAGGCCGUGGAUCUGGGCCAGGUGUUUAAGAUCCGCAUUCGUCAUGACAACAGCCUGCUGAGUGCUGAUUGGUACCUGGAACAGGUGGAAGUGCUGGACCAAGAUACGGAGGAAGUCUUUCUGUUUUUGUGUGAGCGAUGGCUUUCGAGGAAGAAGGAGGACAGACGGAUCGACAGGGUGUUCUACGUUAAGGGGUAUGAGGGAGAGCGAGAGACCGCCUUCUGUCCAAUUAAAAAAGUGACAAAUCUGGACAGCAACAUGAACAAGAAAAACAAGAAACGACAUUCAGAGGAAGAAGAUGAAGAAGGAUCGUUGAUUCCCUACCACUUCUCGGUGACGACGGGGUCAGACCGGGAUGCUGGGACGAGCAGUCGAAUAUAUGUCAUCAUCAUAGGAAAGAAGAACAAGAAGACCGAUCGCCUCUGGCUCGACUCGGGCGGGAAAAGCGCAUUCCUGCCCGGAUCCUUGGAUUACUUCACCUGUUACGGAAGUGAUGUCGGCGACAUCAAGAAAGUGCAACUGGGUCACGACGGGGCGACUCCGGAGAGCUGCUGGUUAGUGGACGAGCUGACCGUGGAUGUGCCGACCAAAGCGGUGCGCUACGUGUUUCCCUGUAAAUGCUGGCUGGCCAAAGACAGAGGAGACGGUCUGACCGCCCGCUUCUUAGAUGUGCAGGACGCAGAAACCGUCAACAUCUCACAGAAGGUGAUCUACGAGGUAACGGUGAUAACAGGAGAAAUGCAGCACGCAGGUACGGACACACAGAUCUAUAUGACUGUGUUUGGAGUUUACGGCACGUCAGAGGAAAUGCUGCUGCCAAAACUAGAGGACAGGUUUGAACGAGGGCAGAAGGACACCUUCAAUCUGGAGAUUGAGGAUAUCGCUCCUUUGAGAAAGAUGAGAAUGCGUAUAGAUGGUUCUGGAAGCAGACCCGACUGGUUCCUGGAAAAGAUUGAACUGCAUAACCUGCAGACGGAUGAAGUGGCGUUGUUUAUGUACGAGGAGUGGCUGUCUCGCUCGUUCGGGCCCAAGCGAACGCUCAUAUGUGAGAUGCCUGCGGUCAUAAAUGACGAGGAGAUGGUGGAGCUCACCACCUACACCGUUUCUGUGAAGACCAGCGAUGUAACCGCGGCCGGAACCGAUGCUAACGUGUGGAUGAUUAUUUUUGGAGAGAACGGCGACACCGGGACGCUGACCCUCAAAGAAAGCAACAACACCAACAAGUUUGAGCGCAAACAGACCGAUACGUUCCGCUUCCCCGACGUCCUCAGCUUGGGCGAGCUCUCCAAAGUGCGCGUCUGGCACGACAACUCGGGUCCUGCUGCCGGGUGGCACCUGGAGUACGUGGACGUGCACGAUGACAUCUUGGGGAAGAAGUUUCGUUUCCAGUGUGACCGCUGGCUCGCCAAGAACGAGGACGACGGGCAGAUCAUGAGAGAGCUGGCGUGUGCCAACAACGAUGCAGUGGAUUUUGAUGAAAAAACCAAAUAUGAGAUCUUGGUCACGACAGCAGAUUCAUCUGAUGCUGAAACCAAAGAGAACGCCUGGAUUGUACUGGAAGGGAAGAAAGGACGUUCCAAAGAGUUUGUGAUGGAGAACUCCACUAAAAAGAAGCGAUUUUUACGAGGCGCUACGGACCGUUUUGAGUUCUCCUCCAAGGAGCUGGGAGACAUUGCUAGCAUCUGUCUGGGACACAUCCCUAAAGACGGCAAGAAGGUCAAAGUGGAGGCCUCCUGGUUUGUGGAGGAGGUUGUCGUCACGGAGAAAGAGCUGGGCAAUAAGUAUAUCUUCCGUUGUGACGCCGCCAUCCCUCUUUCCUCAAAACGGGACGAGUUCCAGACCUUCGAGUGCAGUAAGUUCAUCGAGAGCUUCACCAGCAAGGCCCAAAGCCUGGUGCCUGUAAAAUACGAGCUCAUCGUCAUCACGGGUGACGAGAAGGGCGCAGGCACCGACGCCAACGUCUUCAUCACCAUCUUCGGCUCCAACGGAGACUCCGGCCAGAGGCAGCUUACCAAGAAGUUCCAGAACCUGUUUGAGCGCGGCCAGACGAACCGCUUUAUUCUGGAACUGCUGGACCUGGGCGAUCUGCUCCGAAUGCACGUGGAACACGAUAACUCCGGACUCAGUCCCGGGUGGCUUCUGAGCAGGAUCGAGAUUACAAACACGGCCAACGCGGUGACCACCAUCUUCAUCUGUGGGAAAUGGCUGGAUAAAAACAAAGCGGACGGAAAGAUAAAGCGCGUGAUCUAUCCAAAGUAUUGAUAUUUAAUCAACCGGUCAAUGGUUGGGUCAGUAUUACUAAUGAAUAUUCAUUACACGCUAAUGUCGUACCAAACCUGUGUGACUAGAAGAAACAAUGGAACAAUUCAUUGCUGGAUGGAUUUGAGCUAUAAUUGAAUUUAAUUCCGAUAAGAAAGUCUUAUUACUAUAUGAAGAACUGUGAAAGAAUACCAACGUGAAGUCUGAAACAAUGAUGACACAGUUUUCAUUUUUGGGUGAACUAUCACUUUAAGUUAAAGUUGCAAUUGCAUUUAAUGUUGUUUGGCGAUUUUAUUGACAGUGGACUUUUUUUGUAUGCAAAAUCUGGCCAAUGUGAUGCAUGGGGUUUGUUGCAAAUCACUCUUUGUCUGGUUAUAUGGAUUUUUUUGGUUGAUGUUUUCAUUUUCCCACUAAAGUAAAUGGCAGCUGAUUUUCCACAUCACCUCAACACUUCAUCGAGCAGGUCAAUGAAAGAGCGGUUCAAGUGAACUGAAUUUAUGCCUUCAGUUUUAACCGGCCAAUCGAAUACACUCGCGUUGGGACUUUAAUCACAGAAUUCUGGUUUCAUGAACAUCCGGCCUGCUCAAGAUUCAGCUCGGCUCUUCUCAAAAACCUCCCAAAUGUUUGGAAACCGUUGAGUCCAGUCUUUCUCUAAUCUUCCAGAGUGCCACCUCACCAACGUGCCUCUAAAGAGUGUGUAUGAUUUGAUAGACGUGUGAAAGAUUAUUUGUAUUUUGAACAUUAUGAUUUUGUACAUAUUGUCACCUCUGUGAGGAGUACAAGUGUGUGAAGUAAAGCUCUG